UCCAGUGUUGCUGGCCUGAGAUGGGAGCGCACACAGCAGCACCAUCACGGCCGAAGAAACGGGAGAAAUCUGGAAAAGAGCAUUUAAAAAAAAACAAAAAAACAACAACAACAAUAUCACAUACGUGCCGCGGAGAAAAUGGGAUAAUGAACCAACUCAUUUACUCAGGCCGGGUCCUACCGCUUGAUCACCUCCUCUAAGAAACUCAGAUGUUGUCGUCGCUUGUGUUUUGCGCUUUUUUAUCCAUUCUCCUUGAGCGCUGCUGGUACAAAGGCGCUCGGUCCGGAGCAGCAGCAGCAGCAGCAGCACCUGGGAUUACCGCCAUAUGAAUGGACAAGAGUGAACGGACCAGCUAAACCUGGAAUUGCACACUCAGACAGUGAGUAACCCUCUGCGAGAUAUAAACACUUUCUUCAUUUUUUUUUUCUCCCUGAGAUCCAGAUCACCCGCGAAGACAACUGCUGUCAUUGUGUCGAUGCUGAGAUUUUUUUUUUUUUUUUUAAUUCUUCUGAAAGUGGCCUUUUCCGGAAUAAUGCAUGAGAAAGACAAGCUCUGCUACAGUUUUUUAAUCCUUCUUCUCUCACACACGUUCCCUGUUAUUCCUCUGACUGAACAGCCGGUUUCUCUUGUUCAGACUGGGAUGUAUUGUUGCGACUGCGCAACCGACGACAAGUGUCAGCAAUUAGACUGUGUGUUUCAGAAGGGGUUACCUACAGGCCUAUUAUAAACACUGUCCCUGCUUUACAUCUGGAGGUGGACAUUGUUGUCUGUACGGACUCUGUCGCGAACUGGACUGAAAAGGGACGAACGGUGCGCCCUCGGCAUCUGUACCCCACCCCCCACCACCACCCCCCGCCCCCCUGUGUGUGAAUCAGGGUCGGUCACAAAAUAAAUUAGGCACAAUAUGGUGGAGCCGGUGGGAUUCAUUGAGGCAUGGAAGGCGCAGUUCCCAGAGUCUGAGCCCCCCAAGAUGGAGUUGCGAUCAGUCGGUGGAAUCGAGCAGGAGCUGGAGAAGUGCAAGGCGUCUAUCAGGCGCCUGGAGCAGGAGGUGAACAAGGAACGCUUCCGCAUGAUCUACCUGCAGACUCUCCUGGCCAAAGAGAGGAAGAGUUACGACAAGCAGCGGUGGGGCUUCAGGAAGACGCCGCUGAACGAGGGGAUGGACCCUGCCACACAGGGUGCAGAGUCCCAGUCCCAGCAGCCACACAUGCAGGAGACUGGUGGGGUCGGAGUAGUAGUAGGUGGUGGAGGGUAUAGUGCUGGGAGUAUGGAUAGGGCCCGUUUCCAGCCUCUUGGAGAUGGAGCUGGUAGGUCCAAACCCAGACCUCCACCAGCCAGGAAGUCAGCCUCCCACGGAGACGGCCUGGAGUCAGCCUUCGAUGUACCCCAGCAAGUUGAGUCGACGUCCUGCGACAACCUGGAUGGCCUUUCCCCAUCCAAGCAGAGAAGCGGCAUCACCGUCUCUCCCCGCAGGCCCACCCUUCCACCCCCAGACAAGGAGCUGCCCUCUGACCCCAAGGACAAGCUCGGGAUGGGACUUGGCGUGGCAGCUCUUAGAUCCAACUUUGAGAGGAUCAAACGGGCCAACUCUCACUCUGCGGGUGAUGUAGCUAAGGGCCAGGAGAAGCAGCUGCCCCCGCCACCACCGCCGUUUUACACCAAUAUGGAAUUCCACCAUGAGAGGGGUCUGGUCAGGGUCAAUGACCGUGACGUCUCUGACAAGAUCAGCACCCUGGGCAGCCAGGCCAUGCAGAUGGAGCGAAAGAGAUCUCUUCACUCCCUCCCAGGUAACCUGGCAACAGUGGCUGGGGAGCUCCGCGCCAGGCCAGUCUAUAGAGGACGUUCCACUGAGAGCACCUGUGGCUAUGACGCAGAAUAUGAAGAUGGAGAGCCCAACCAGAGACAUUCAGGGAGGGCCAACGGGGGCAAACCUCCACCCCCGCCUUGGCAACCCUCUGAUUUCCAGGCUUAUUCCAGCGUCUAUGUUGGUGGGGUGAUGAUGGGUGAAGGUGGUAGUGGAGAUGGUAGAGGUGGUGGUGGAGGUGGUAGUGGAGUCACUAUGAGAGACCAUGGGGGAGGUGACGACCACCUCCUGACCUGGCCACGUCGCUCAUAUUCCCCAGGUAGCUUUGAGGAUGUCGGUGGAGGCGGCGGCUACACGCCGGACUGCAGCUCCAACGAGAACCUGACGUCCAGCGAGGAGGACUUCUCCUCAGGCCAGUCCAGCCACGUCUCACCCAGCCCCACCACGGCCUUCCGCCGGCCCUUCAGAGAGAAGAGCCGCUCGCCUUCCCAGAACUCCCAGAACUCCCAGCACUCCCUUGACAGCAGCAGCCCUCCGACGCCGCAGUCCCAGAAGCGUCACCACCGGCAACAGGGAGGCCAUGUGGUCAUGUCUGAGGCCACUAUUGUGAGCGUUCGCAAGACCGGUCAAAUCUGGCCACCUGCUGCUCAUCAUGACCUCUUGCCCCAUGGUAGAACAUCCCAUGACAACAGUUUCCAUGGAGACCACCUAGAUGGUCAUUUCACGGGGACCCCUCCUUCAUAUGGUUACGAUGCCGACCGUGCGGAAGAGCAGCGGAGGCACCACGACAUCCUGCCGUACAUCGAUGACUCGCCGUCAUCUUCACCGCACCUCAGCUCCAAGAGCCGCAGCAGUCGGGACACCCUCUCCUCGGGAUCGUUGGAGUCCUCCAAGUCGACUGAAUGUGACCUGGAAAAAGGUUUGGAGAUGAGGAAGUGGGUCCUGUCUGGGAUCUUGGCCACUGAAGAAACAUACCUCAGUCAUCUGGAGGCACUGCUGCUGCCCAUGAAGCCUCUAAAGGCUGCAGCUACAACGUCGCAGCCCGUCCUCACUGUGGCCCAGAUAGAAACCAUCUUCUUCAAAGUGCCUGAGCUCUAUGAGAUCCACAAGGAGUUCUACGACGGACUUUUGCCCCGCGUUCAGCAGUGGAGCCACCACCAGAGAGUCGGGGACCUCUUCCAGAAACUGGCCAGCCAGCUGGGAGUUUACCGAGCAUUUGUGGACAACUACGAGCUGGCUGUGGAGACGGCGGAGAAGUGCUGCCAGGCCAACACGCAGUUUGCUGAAAUCUCUGAGAACCUGAAGGUGAGGAGCCCCAGGGACUGUAAGGACCAGACAGCCAAGAACUCGCUAGAGGCUUUACUAUAUAAACCAGUGGACAGAGUGACGCGCAGCACAUUGGUACUUCACGACUUGCUUAAACACACGCCCACCAGCCACCCGGACCACCCUCUUCUGCAGGAUGCCUUGCGGAUCUCCCAGAACUUUUUGUCCAGCAUCAAUGAGGAGACAACGCCCCGACGCCAGUCUAUGACGGUCAAGAAGGGAGAGAACCGGCAGCUGCUGAAGGACAGUUUCAUGGUGGAGUUGGUGGAGGGAGCCAGGAAGCUGCGACAUGUCUUCCUCUUCACAGAUCUGCUGCUCUGCGCCAAACUGAAAAAGCAGAUUGGAGGAAAAAAUCAGCAGUACGACAGUAAGUGGUACAUCCCCCUGACUGAACUGACCUUCCAGGGCCCCGAGGAGACCGAACCACUUACCAUCCCCCAGGUCCCCGAUGAAGAGCUCGACGCCAUGAAGGUCAAAAUCUCACACCUCCGCAGUGAGAUUCAGAGAGAGAAGAGAGCCAACAAGGGUUCAAAAGUCAUCGACCGUCUCAGGAAGAAGCUGUCCGAACAGGAGUCUCUCCUCCUGUUAACAUCUCCGAGUAUGCCCCUCCGAGUCUACAACAAGAACGGCAAGAGUUACGGUUUCCUGAUUUCUUCUGACUAUGAACGUGCGGAGUGGAAGGAGAUCAUCAAAGAACAGCAGAAGAAAUGUUUUAAAACAUCCUCCUUGACUUCCAUGGAGUUGCAAAUGUUAACCAGCUCCUGCGUCAAACUGCAGACCGUCCACCACAUUCCACUCAGCAUCAAUAAAGAAGAGGAUGAAUCCCCCGGUCUCUGUGGGUUCUUGAAUGUAAUCGUCCACUCCGCCUCCGGCCUCAAACAGAGCUUGAAUCUCUACUGCACAUUGGAGGUGGAUUCUUUUGGCUUCUUUUCAAAUAAAGCCAAGACGAGAGUGUAUCGAUACACCACUGAACCCAAAUGGAACGAGGAGUUUGAGAUUGAGCUGGAGGGCUCUCAGACCCUGAGGCUGCUCUGUUACGAGAAGUGUUACAACAAGACCAAGCAGAACAAAGAGGAUGGAGAGAGCACAGACCGCAUCAUGGGGAAAGGACAGAUCCCGCUUGACCCUCAGACUCUCCAAGGCAAAGACUGGCAGAGAACAGUCAUUCCCAUGAACGGGAUUGAGGUUAAACUCUCCAUGAAGUUCACCAGCCGAGAGUUCAGCCUGAAGAGGAUGCCCUCGCGGAAACCUAUGGGUGUGUUUGGAGUCAAGAUCUCCACAGUGACCAAGCGAGAGCGCUCCAAGGUUCCCUACAUCGUCCGGCAGUGCCUAGAGGAGAUUGAAAGGAGGGGUAUGGAGGAGGUGGGCAUCUACCGAGUGUCAGGGGUGGCCACUGAUAUUCAGGCCCUGAAGACGGCCUUUGAUACCAAUAAUAAAGAUGUGUCAGUGAUGAUGAGUGAGAUGGACGUCAAUGCCAUCGCCGGGACCUUGAAGCUGUACUUCAGAGAGCUGCCAGAACCUCUUUUCACUGAUGAGCUCUAUCCCAACUUUGCAGGCGGCAUCACCCUGUCUGAUAGUGUGGCCAAAGAGAGCUGCAUGUUGAACUUACUGCUGUCGCUGCCAGAACCCAACCUGGUCACAUUCCUUUUCCUUUUGGAUCACCUGAAGAGGGUGGCAGAGAAGGAAAGUGUCAACAAGAUGUCUCUCCACAACCUGGCAACGGUGUUCGGGCCAACUUUGCUCAGGCCCGCCGAGAAGGACAGCAAGAUCCCCACUAACCCCACGCAACCCAUCAGCAUGGGGGACAGCUGGUCCCUGGAAGUUAUGGCACAGGUCCAGGUGCUGCUGUAUUUCCUCCAGCUGGAGACCAUCCCCACCCCGGACAGUAAACGACAGAGCAUCCUCUUCUCCACUGAAGUAUAGAGCUAACGUCUACCUGACACUUUGACCGUAAGGGAGUGAAAAAGAGACGGACCUUGGCUCAAAGUGAGCCUGUAGUAGUAUGUCUUUGAAUUGAAUGACCGAACUCAGUUAGGCUCUUGCAGCUGGUUAAGGAUUGUCUCUGGCGAUGUCCGCCCUGCCUCACAAGAGGGCGCCAUAGGGCCUCUGAAGGUCAGAGGAUGUGAGGUCCUCUGCAUACAUACCGCUCAUAUUAAGUACGAUUCCUUGUACCUUCAUUGAUGUUGUGGGUACAUCUGCCAUCUACAUUUCUCCAGCCUGCUCUUUGUUGGUCUUUACAUUGAACCUUUACAGCUUGUAGAAAGUUGUGGUUCCUAAGUCAAGAAGCUGAAGAGAAUGAAACUUGUCUUUCUUGAUUCAUGGAAUUAGCUUGCCAACAAAUCACAAUUUCCAUGUAUCUUUGUGUUCGGGCAUUGUUCUCUAUUUGUGUGGGCUUUUUUUUUUUUUUUUUUUUGGACAAUCAUCAAGUCGAGACUCUUGCAAAAUAUGUUUAUCCAUGUCCAACAUUACUACAUGUCUAGUUGAGGAAAAUUCAAAUUGUGUCUUACAUAAUCUCAGUGCAUUGUUCCUGAGAAGACGAGAGGAGACAUUUGUGCUGUUUGUUGGAGUUUAAAGUGUACAUCCAGAGCUGCCACCUUACUGGAUUUUCUUUUUCUUUGUGUCACAAAAACCCGCGGGAAGCAAAACUCCUAUAAGUUCAGAUGUUUACAACGUAAACAAAACCCGGUUGGAGUCAGAGACAAACUCUACGGCAUGAAGAAGGACUGUAAGAAAAAAGAAAAAAAGGAACCCGAUGAUUAGAAAUACACUGCAAUCCGACUGCCUGCAGUUUAUCUAACUACAAAAGAAAAUUUCCUCUAUUUGUGUUGUUUGUGUCUCAUGGUAGUCUUCAGCAUAAAUACCCAGGAAGCAAUAUAUUUUCUAACAUAGGAGUUGUCUGUGUUCAUAUCUUUGCUGACGAAAUGUCCUUCUUAUUGUAACAUAGGACAUCUUGCCAAAUUAAUAUGUUGUUUGUUUGUUUGUUUCUAGGAAAAAAGGAAGCAGUUGUAUUUACAGAUACAGUAUGUACAUAAUCUUAAAGUUGUAUUUUUUUUUCUUUUUCUUUAACAGUAUAAUCAUUGUUGCUAUUACUGUAAUUUAUUUUCGGGCUGGGGGAUAAAUUGGUUUGUUUUUUAUGUGAAUUUCUUGGGUUUAAGAAAGUGGUAGGUCUUAGCCUUGACUUCAAGUCUUGCAGUAAAUAAGCAGGAUUUAGCCUUGAUCUUCUAGAAACUACUCAGCUGUUCUGUCCAGCCUAUCAAUUACUCAUUUAGAUAUUAUUAAUGAAGGUAACACACACAUUGUAGUUACAUACUGUAUGCUGCUGUGGAAAAGGCACAAGCUCUUUAACUGCUGGGUGUUCUACAGCAGAACGUCUCGCAUCCAGAGACCAUCGCCUGUCUAGUGUAGACAUUAUGCAAUGUCAUAAUACAGCACAUACUCACAUACACACACACACACACACACACAGACACACCACACACACACACACACACACACACACACACACACACACAUGGCGUUGUCUCCUCUAAUCUAUGGCUGCAGAAGUGCACUCAUGCAAUGUUAGAACUACUGUAUUACAAUUCAAGUGACCUGAGCACUCGGCAUUUAUGUCCAUUGAAGAGCAUAUCUGUUGGUUUAAUGAAGGAAUCUUAUUUAGUUCAUCUUCUCCUGAUGUCUUUUUUUUUAUUUCUCUCUAAUGUCCUACUAAUUCUUCGUCCCUUUAACUGUUGAUAAGCCUGAAGUUGUUCCAGCUCAAUGGCCAAGUUAAAGAAAAGUUUUUUGGGUUUUUUUUGGUACCUAAAUGAAAAAUUUUUAAGUUUAAUCUCUGUGUCCUAGAUUUAACAUGCAGGCAUGUUUUUAUUUGGCAUUAGUUUUUUCUUUGUGUUCUCGUUAUUUCUGUUCUGUUUGCAAAGGUGUCAUCACAGACUUGGCUUUGGGAUGCUGGUGACUCAUGACGAUCUGGUUUAUGUUAGUACAAUCGUUCACGGGCCCAUUUAAGUAUUAAUGUCAUGGUUGGUUUCCCAUAUACUGUAUAUCAAAGUCUUAAAACUUAAAGCAGUUGAUGAGUUGAAUGGAUCUGAGAAGGGCUUGUAAGAUAUCACAGGAAGGCGUAUGUGAGUAAGUGUUAUUAGUAACAAAUUUUCUGUUUUUUACAUGAAUGUCUUUAGACUUUUAAUGGCAAGAGAUAUCUUUCCCUUUGGAUACAUAUCAACGCCUGUCAAGAAACCCAAACAAGAAUUUGAUGCUCAAAAGAUGUUUUGUGUUGCCUGACGUCAACUUGGUCUAUAGAUUUUAGAUGAAACACCACAAUUGACUCAUUCCAAUGAACAAUACUGUUGAGAUUUUAUUCUGAAAGUGUUCAUGCCUUCAGUUCCAACACGGUUUUGUGUGUGUUUUUUACUGCCAUUGUGUACUUCCACUAUCUUUGGCCUAUGUAGCAUGCUCACAGUCUUUCAUCGCCUAUAAUUCAGGAUGUGAGACAGAGAAUGAAACCACGGUUCAUGAAUUCCUUCAUUUGUGCAUCACCUUUAGAAAAAGUCCUGAUUGCCUACACUACUCUACCCUAUCGUGCCUCGACACUGUUCCUUUGGUUUAGCGCCUGUGGUAAAUGUCAGUGAAAAAAUAAAUGAAUAAAAGAAACGCUGAUGCUGGAGAUGUCCUUGAGUCUCCUGUUGCCUUUGCUGAGGACAGCCACACACCUUUCAUCUCUUAAAGACUAAGACAGGACCUUAAACUUAAGCAUGGUCUUAGCUCCUAUUAGAACACGCCCCCCACCUUCGUCUGACUGUGAUGCUUUAAAUCAAACUGUGUUAAUGUCAGUCUUAACGGGGCAAAGGACAGAAUUUCUUGCCCAUGUCUUUGUUUUAGCUCUUAAACAGCUCCUUUAAUGCCUUUUUAUUUUUUAUUUAUUUAUGCUUUGACCCAGUUUGGUAUGAGAAGGUCUACUGGAUCUAUUUAUUUAUGAUAUCAUGUCAUCGAAAACUAAUGUUGAUGGUUAAAUGGUCUUUAUAUGGGGUACCUUUUUUGGGGGAAAGAAUUGAAAGCUAUGUCAGUAUGUUUAUCGAACAUCCCAUUAAAGUCACAGCUGUUUGUCCCAGAAUCACAACCACUGUGUACAAUCGCCGCCACCCCCCCCGCCCCCCCCAGACUCCUGCAUCGUCGGCUCAUCUCAUGUAGUUCUUUGUGUUGUACAACAGACUGGCCACUGUGAUUGUUUAGCUAUCUGAUUAAGAUAACUGAAUAGCAGGCGCAGGUUCUUGUCAACUUUCAAAGGUAGAUUCUGUGAGUUGACAUAACUCAAACUUCUCCUACUUUUCCAUAGAGUUGUAUCAUAUGUAUUAUACUAGAGAGUACAUAAUUUGGUUUCCGUUUUAUUUAUUGUGGCGUCCAACUGACGUAUGAUCGUCCGAGAUUGAUCAAGCCGGUACACCUCUAGUCUCUUUGAGAAGCCAAACUGUCGGUAUGUGGUAGAGGAGAAAAGAGUCUUAUAUUACUCUAAAAUCUGCAUUGUUUUGGUCUGUUGAUUGUCAGUGUAACUGCAUGUACCCUCCAUCAUACAGUUCCCUCCAUACUCUGUCCUUUAGUUCGUGAAAAAGUAAAUACAACAAAGACGGUUUAAUUUUUCUGUGCAAUAGCCUGAAAGUAUGGAACAUAUUGCUCUACGUGAAAAUUACAAACCUCUUGCAUUUAUUGUACAUGACCCUGGUAAUAAUCACUACAUUUCCUUACUACAAGUAAUACUUUCCCUCUGCUGCCACUGUUCUGACAUUGAAUGAGGUUUGUUUUGUUCUAUCCUAACAUACAACGUAAAGCUGAGGAUGAGACUUGCUGACCAACCACGAAUACUUUCUCUUUUUACCUUCUGCAAAUUUUUUGACUCUUGUUCCUGUUCAAUAUUCAAUGUUCUGCUUGUAGAACUGUACAAAGGAAUACUGUAUUCUGAGGGAAAACAUGUUUGGAAGGCAUUUGCAGCCCAUGUUUGUACACAAAAAUGUUAAAUAAAAUCUCAUGUAUCUACAUAGA